AAUCGUGAAGUUGAAUUCAAUCGAAAAAAUAAAUAAAUCUCAAACAAAAUAAGUUUUUGAUUAAUUAAUAGUUUUCUAGACUCAAUAAAUGUCACACUUUAAUUCAUUACAAAAUCUGGAGAGUGAUGAGCAGCAGCGUAUGAGAUUUCAAGUGGAACUAGAAUUUAUUCAAUGCCUGUCGAAUCCCAAUUAUUUGCACUUUCUUGCACAACGUGAUUACUUCAAGGAUCCAGCAUUUGUGAACUACCUGAAUUACCUGCAGUAUUGGAAAAAGCCAGAAUAUGCUAAAUUUAUUAAAUAUCCAAUGUGUCUCUACUUCCUCGACCUGUUACAAAGUGAAGAAUUUAGAAGGAAAAUUGUUAGUGCUCAGUGCUGUAAAUUCAUUGAUGAUCAGUCAAUUCUAUUAUGGCAACAUUAUUCGAGACGAAGGACGAGAACACUGGCUGAUAAAGGGAAAUUUAAACAGUAGAAAUUAAGACUAAGCUGUGCUUCUCGUGGAUUUCAAUCAGUCUUGUUUGAUUAAUGGCUAGAUUUAGCUACCGGCAUCAUAAGUAUCGCUGAUUAAUGGCAAAAUAAAAGAUUUUGUGAUUUAUGAGAACUCCUCGAGAAGCAUAAACUCAUAAAUCAUGUAAGAAAUAAAUAACAA